CGAGCGCUGCAGGUUGAUCGCCGCGGCUGCAGAUGAGCGGAGCCCGCGCGGGCGGGGGGGCGGCCGGGGCAGCGCCGCCGGGGCCGGGUCGGCGGCCGGCGCACUAUGCGAGGCCGGGAGGAUGGCGGUGGAAGCUAUCCAUUGCAAUUUGAAUCCAAAUGGUAUUGAUCAUCCUGUCCCCACAGAAGGUAUUAAUCUGCAACUUGAAGGUGAAGGAGUUGAAUCGCCUUCGGUUAAGAACACUAGUGCCCCAAAAGGGCCUGAGUCAAAAGAGACACCCAAGAGACAAGUGGAGCCAGAAAUAUCUAAGUCCGGGACUGUGAAGCUGACCAAGCCUGUGGCAUUAUGGACCCAGCAGGAUGUCUGCAAAUGGCUGAAGAAACAUUGCCCUAAUCAGUAUCAAAUCUACAGUGAGUCAUUCAAACAGCACGACAUAACUGGCCGUGCUUUGCUGAGACUUACUGACAAAAAGCUUGAACGAAUGGGCAUUGCCCAGGAAAGCCUGCGACAGCACAUUCUGCAGCAAGUCCUUCAGCUGAAGGUGAGAGAAGAAGUCCGAAACCUCCAGCUGCUUACACAAGCCCCAGCAGAGAGCUCUCCAUAAACAUUUCCAGCCUCUAAAGCUGCUGUCCUGCCACUUGAUAUGAAAGUGAACUUUCCUUCAUGAAAAACCACAAUAAAUGGCGCUGCCAGAAAAUGACCAUGGAGGAUUGAAGACAAACUUGAAGUAAAAUCAGCAGACUCAGAUGAUGCAUUCUGGGAAGACCUGGUUUGCUGUGGAGUAAAAACGUGGUGCAAAAUAUCCAGUGCUAAUUUGUUGAAAAUGAUCAUUUAUAGACCUUUAGCUGGAAAAUUUCUUCCAGUUUUCAUCACUGUGCAUAACUUUUGAGUUCCCUUUAGGGGACUGUCUAUGCCCUCCACUAGAAGUCCUGUUUUAGCAUGGCAACUACUGGAUUCUUUUAUUAUGUAUGCAGAUGGCAUGAUGUUUUAGGAAAAACUUACAGCAAUUCUCCAAUCUCAGUGGAUAUGUUCACAAUAUUACACCCUGAUAGGAAUGUAAACGUCUUGUAUGUGUUAGUUUUGCAGUCUAAUGGUAUUCUGUUAAACAAUAUCAGCACUUCAUAUGUGCUUUCCUCACAGAACUAGCACAGUCCAUAUAUAUAUAUAUAAUGGUCUUUUUUUAAAAUACUGAGGAUAUGUUUCAGUAUUUGUGCUGAGACUGCAUCCAAACUGAAGCCCACUACUAUCAUCCCUUCACCAAUUCACAUUAGAUUGUGUAGAUAGAUUUGCACGUGGCAGAGAUGUGACUUCUUUUGUCAAGACUUAGAGAACAGCUGUCACAGAGGUAGCCAAGAACAGGGUAGGUUGAGCUGUAGGACACUGUGUCUGCUCUCCCUCUCAUCCACCAAAUAUCAAAGGUUCUCAUUUCUAGUGUGCCAGUGUGUUUUCUUACUCAGAGAGGGAGAGGCAAGGGAGAGAGCCUUUCUCAGAAGUGUGUGUGACCCUGGGUUUGGUCUACAGUAAAACCAGAAUAAACUGGAAGAAUUCAGGUUCUUUAUGCUGGCCACCAUUUAUGUUUUGGGCAGGGCUGGGGAAUCAUAGUCCAAACCAAACUCUCUGAAAAAGGUAAAGUGUAAGAUUAUACUUCUGAGGAGCAAGACACUCCCUUUGGAGAGGGCAGACUUCUUCAUUAACUUUUUCCACUUUCUAUCCAAAACAGUAUUUUGGUAGGAACUGGGAAUAAGCAAAUGGUUCCAAUAAGCCUUUCAAUAUACUGUAGCAGGCUCAAGACUGUUGCAUUCAAUCUGAACAUUGUUUUUUGUUCAGUCUCUGAAUGGCUGGCCUCAUCACUGGUUGUAUCACAGCUGGCUGUGGUACUGUUUCUUCAAUGGGGACUCAGUGGAAUUAAUGUCUGUCCCUCACAUCAGGACCUUCUUGAAACACUCUUUAUAAUGAACUGAUGCCAUCAACAUACUGAGGGGGCUUACUUAUUUGUUCCUUCUUUCUUUGAAAUCAAAGGUAGCUUUUUUUGUGUAUUUAAAGACUGUCACUCUCUCCAGCCUGACAGACAGGUACAAUACAGUUGCUGUUAGCAUUUAUUCCAAACUAGGUGAGACACAAUACUGGUGUGAAGAUGCAGUGAUGGAGAGAGGGUGCAGCUCGAGUAAAUCAGAGGCAACUUUCUAGAGGAAGCUCCUGUGUUAUAAUUCUUUAAAACUGUUGUGCAGUUCAUUGCUAGAGAAUGGAAGGUCAACCACUGUGGGUGCCCGUACAACAAACAGAUAAUUAUCUUCAGGGUUUAAUUUUUUUCAGAUGGUUAUGGGCUUAGGUUUCAGCUCUCCACCCAUCUCAGAUUCAGCAUGUUGGAUACUUCUACAGUAUUCAGUCCAAAAGAAAAUUAUUUUUACUGAUGACCAGGAUAUUCAGAAGGCAUUAGUGAUUUCUAAUGGUUUGGGUCUUUCCACGGGUUCUCAAAUGGAGCUCCCAAGAAUUACAAAGCAGUAAACUUCUACAAUCUCCUUCUGAAAAUCCUGGUCCCUAAUUUUAAAUUAAUUGGUGUAAAAAUUUUUCUUAAGACAUGAGAAUCUUUGCCAACAGCAACAUUUGCACUUUUUAGAGCUUUUCGUAGGGUUGCAGGUUGGAAUCUGAUACCAAUAGAGCCAGUCAUGCACAUGGCACAGGUCCACUGUAAGCUUCAGCAAAUUUUACAGCUCUUUCUGCUACAGGUUUUAAAAAUGCAUUCUGGCAACUGACAUCAAUUUCAUGUUGGUACAGCAAUUAAAAAAUAAAGUACUUUGAUUGAUAUGUUAUAUUAAAAGGAGAAUGCUUUACUUCUACAGUAGGAAUUCUCUUAUUUUACUACCCAGUUAAAAAAUCCAGAAUAAUUUGAAUGAUAAAAGAAAAGUUUAUCAAAGAGUGUUAUCUUAAAAGGGUGUAUGAGAAGAAGUUGCGUUAGGCAGAGAGCCACUAGAAGCUUUUUUUGUAUCAAUGUUAGUUUUGAACAUCUUCCAGUAUAUGGGCAUGAAUUUAGAUGUGUGCACUUCUCCUGUUAAAACAGUUUGUUUUAAAAGCUUCCCAGGAUUUUAGCUAUGGUGACCUAGAAAAGCAGUGUUAUAGGCCCUGAGAAAUGUGAAAAUCAAGUCCAGAUCCUUGAGUAGCCAGACUCGGUGAGAAGUCUGCUGUAGGUGCCUAUCGGACAAAUCUUUGAAGCUGGUGUAGGUCUCCAUCCUGCAGCCAGCCUAUGCAUGUGGACAACUGCAAGCAUAGUUCCCCCGAGCCCCGUGACACUUCUCAUGUGUGUAACUGUCUGCCAGAGCCAUAAGGAAAUAACUGUACUUUUUGGCUUGUAUUUAACUAUUCAUUGUGUUUGGAUUUUUUUAAUCACUGUUAUUCUCCCAAAGUAGGCCAUGCUUCCUCAGGGAUAUUUAUGGAAUUGUUCUACAUCUCCUGAACAACUAUUUGGAUCCCAGCAUAUUCUUCUGAAAAGUUUUUAAUAUAAAUAAACACGUGGGAGAGAUUUUUGUUGUUAUGAAUGGGGGCAGGUACUGUGUUCUCGGAAAGGCUUUUGAGUGCAGACAAUCAAGUCUAUUGCAUUUUUUAUGCUGAACACCUUAUUAAUAGCAGACAUAUCCGCUUUUGCCUGGGUCAUAGAAACAGUUCAGGGGAAAGAAUGCUUUAUCUCUGGUCAAUAAAUCAUUUAUGUCGAGAGUGCCAAAGACCAAGUCAACAUGAAAGGGAGCAAAUAAGUUAUUCCGGCAAAGGAAG